AUGAAGCUCUUUGUGCACAACUUCAUGUCUUCCCGUUUUCUGAAAAACGUCACCGUUGGAUAUCCGCUUAAUUUGGUUGUUAAGCAGUUUGUCGAGAAGGAUAUCGAAUUCGAUAGGGAUAACACCAUCGUCAUGCUUGACAGGAUCCAAUACGAAGCGCUCAUCGUCGCCGCCGCCGCAGUCAAUCAAUCCGACCGGAUUCCACGUGAAAAACCGGAAAAAUGGGAUGAGCUGACCGAUGAGCAGCUCAGAGUGUUCCAUCAUUUGCUCAUGAACAUUGACGUCAUCGACGGAGAACUCAUCUGCCCGGAAACCAAGACGGUGUUUCCGAUUCGUGAUGGAAUUCCGAAUAUGUUGAAGGUCGACGCCGAGAAGUAGAUCAUCAUUUCGCCGUUUAUCUUAAUUCCUACUUUUGCUGAAUUUAUUUAAUCUGGAAAUUUUCUGGAGAAAAAUGUCUGAAAAAUUCGAAGUCGCCCUGAAAAUUCAAGCUUUUUGAAAAAAAUUGUUUUAAAAAAAUCAAAAAUUCUCCAAAAUAUGAAAAAAUAUGUUUUUCAAAAAAAGACACGUUUUGUAAUUUUUUAAAAACAUUAUCGAAAUUUUUCAGAAAAAACCAUUUUCCGGAAAUUUUUUUACCGGAAAAACCAGAAAAUUCGUUUUUCAUGCUGAAAUUUAAGAAAAAAGCUCUAAAAAUUUCCUGGAUUUCAUUUCAUUUUUAAGAAAAAUAACUAUUCUUCGAAAACUUUUUGAAAAAUCCGAAACAUUGAAAAAGUAUACAUUAUUUCAUAGAAAAAAAUUUUACUUUUUUCUCUUAAAAAACUGUUAAUUUACCGGAAAAUACCAGAAAAUUCGUUUUUCAUGCUGAAAUUUAAAAAAAAAGCUCUAAUAAUUUCCUGGAUUUCAUUUCAUUUUUGAGAAAAAUAACUGUUCUUCGAAAACUUUUUGAAAAAUCUGAAACAUUGAAAAAAUAUACAUUUUUUCUACAGAAAAAAUUGUACUUUUCUCUUUAAAAAACUGUACAUUUUCGGAAAUUUGUGUCUUUUUCCAAAAAAAAAGCUGAUGUUUUCAAAUUUUUCAGUCCGAUUUUUUCCAAAAAAUUUCCAGAUUUCCAUCAUUUUCUCCCAAAUACCCCCUCCCCCAUUGUUGUUGUGUUGUGUUUGUGCCUCGUUUUGUUGUUCAAAAAAUAUUGGAAAAUUUUACAUCUCUUCAUUAAAUAUUCUCAAUAUUU